UUGCCGCGAAGCGCAAACGAAGCCCGUCGCACACGCUUUAUUCGAGCGCGUUCUCACGAUGCGACUGCUCACGAUACUACUUGCUGCGCUCUGCGCUGCCGUUCGCGCUGUCGAGUUCAAAGAUUGCGGCUCGACGUCAGGUCAGUUUGACAAAGUGGAAGUCUCUAACUGCGACCUGUCAAGCCCAGCGUGUAUUUUGCAGAAAGGUACCGAUGCUUCGAUUGGACUACAUUUCACCCCAAACAAAGCAACGAGUAGAGUAACGGCAGUCGUGCACGGUAUAAUCGAGGACAUCGACGUACCCUUUCCGAUUCCCAACGCCGAGGCUUGUUUUGACAAUCAUUCGGGUGUUACUUGCCCAUUACCUGCUGGAACUGGCACCAGUUACCACGCGACUCUGCCUGUUCUUACCAAAUACCCCACGGUAUCCGUCGUAGUCAAAUGGGAAUUGAAAGACGAAAAGGGCGACAAUAUUGUUUGCGUUGAGAUUCCCGUAUCGCUCAAGUAAUUACUGAUUGGUGAUUUGCGGUAUUUAAUUAGGACUUUUGCGUUUAUUGAUUGGAUGUACAGGAUUUUCACGCUCAUGAAAACCAAUUGCCUGAAACUCGUUUUGGAAAAAUUAAUCAAGUUACUUUUAGAUGUUGCAGAUUUCAUUUUCGUCUUUUUUUACGCAACACGUUAAGUACGAGUCAUUUUAUUUUAUGUAAAUCUUACUAAAUAAAUACUAUUAUUUUAAACAUUAUUAGAAGAAUUUGAUCAUCGAAUAAUUCGAUUAGAGCGAAAUCAAAAAAGGAUACAAAUCUAUAGAUUUCUAUCUUCGUUUAAGAUAACAUUGUUGUAAAAAGUCUACUUUAUUUAAAAAAAUAAAAUAUUAGAUUCAACUCGAAGCGGACUAACACAAUU